UCGGUGUUCGGACGUCCGUGUGGCGAGUGCUCGCACGCCGAGUGAAAGGCGCCCGCGGAUCGAAACCGCCGUCCCGCGGCCGCCUGUUUCGGGCUUUGGCCCACUGUCGGCGUGCGCUCAUCGAGGGAAUCGCAUUUCCGCCGUUGUCAUAGGCGGCGUCACUGAGUGGACUCGGCGGGCAGCCGCGUCCAUGGAGGCAACGUUCCGGCCAUGGAGUUGUGCGUCGCGAGCCCCACCGGUGCUACGACCAUCGGACGUAACCAGCGCGGUGUGCGACAACGUCGCUGGGUCGUCCUGUUUCUACUCCUGGCUGCUGCCGUGUCAGGUGUGCUGGGCAUCGUGGUCACCGAGGUGCGGCUCCUGUCGGACAGCAACAAGACGCAGUACGUGCUUCAAGGCGAGGGCGCCACGCUGCUCUGCUUCUUCGUGCUGUCGCCGGGCGAGGACCUGCGGCGCGUCCUCUGGUUCAAGGACGGCGCCGAGGUCUACGUGUGGCGCAAGGGACGCCGUCCGCUGGCGCGCAACCUGUUCGACAAGCGGGUCGACCUGAGCAACCGGUCCCCAUCCUUCAUCACCAUCCUCAACGCCGACAUGUCCAUGCAGGGAAACUACACGUGCAGGGUGGAGACGGACGCGGGCGUGUCGCAGAACGACCUCUUCCUCACAGUUAUCGUCGACUCCUGCAAGGAAGACAGCUGGACUACGUUCUCGGACCGCGUGUCGUGCACCGAGACUGUGGAACUGGACUGCGGUGGCAUGUUUCCCAAGCCUUCCCCAGCGUGCGGUGUCUACAAUGAUCAGACAGGAGUGUACUUGAACACAAUGCCGUUCGACCGCCUAAAGACAGCGGCCAACUCGACGUACGAAGUGCGACUGCAUCGCGUGUUUCACGUGCAAGACUGGCUCGCCUUCCGUAACCUGACCUUCCGUUGCCACGUCAUUGUGCUUGGGACAGACUGGCGAACUGGCAUCUCGCAUAAACUAUUCGGAGAUUCAGGGUGCUCGCCUGACCCUCCGGAGAUCGUGAACGGCUACUACAAUGUCAGCGGCGAGGAGACUUGCUGGCGCACGCCGGCCGAGGGAUCGGUGACGCGUUACUACUGCCUCGAAGGGUUCGAACUGCGGGGUCCCCGGGAGCUGGUCUGUCACAACGGCGCCUGGGUGGUGCCGGCGCCGCUAUUUACCUAUUCAAGGAGGCAGCAGACUACAGCAGGUGGAAGGCCCUUAAAGAACAUCAUCUGCGAGAUGAGCUGCCAAGCCACCGUUGCAUUCAACCGCUUUUUCACUGCCUUGAUGACAACACUGCCCGUGCUACUGUCUCUCCACCUUAUCCCGUCUUCAGCAUAGAGCCACUCCUUUCAAACCUGCCCAGGACAUGCUGGAUGGAGGCAGACAGAACAGGCAUCCCGGCUCCCUUGGGCGGUUGCGGGAGAGAAGGCCGACACUCGUGCUUCCAUGCCGAUGCUCGCGCAGCUGGAGACAACACACGUAUGAUGAAUCGUCUUAUCUGUAUAGCCACCUGUACUACCACUAUUGAUGUGUGCUUGUUAAUGUGCUGUUCUCUAUGGAAUUAUGCAAUAAAGAGUCUAACGCUAUGAAAUGUCAUUUUUGCAAUAAAUACACGCGUUCGAUAGCAUCAUUCUUCUAAUGAAGCAAAUAGCCUUAGAGAAGCGGUCGGGCGUUCGCUAAAAAACAUUGUUGGUGUUUUCUGCGCAUUGUUUUUUUUUUGUGGGAUUAGGUUGUUCUUCUCGUUGUCCUUUGCUAAUAAUUUUGUCUUCAUUACUGGCCGCUUUUCAGUUCUUGCUGUUAAGCCUAGCACACUUGUGGGCGUGCGCCAGCUAUAGAAUAAAUCGUUCAUCGCUGACUACAAAGGUGCAACGGAAGGCUAGCAAAACGGAAAGCCACGAAAUCCGACAGAACCCAUCUAACGACAAAAAUCGA